UUUUUAUUACUAUUAUUAUUUGCUUUAAACAAACAGGAAACAUUAAUAGCCUGUACUUUAUAUGUUGCAGUUGUAAAGUAGGCCUGUUUUUGUUAUAUAAACUAAAAUCGUGCCUGGCUACCGAUUUCCCACAUAACUGUGUUGUAAGUCGUGUAACGUUACCUUUGAAUAUAAACGACUGCAACCAAGGAGUAAGACGAAUGUUUACUGAAACUGGAAUACAAUUUAGUGGCAAUUAUAAAAAAUCAUUUGACUGCAGAUUUAGAAAAGUUAGUACCUGAGCAAUAAUUUGCAACAUGGAUCAAAUGAAUAACAUUUCUGUGGGUGGGCUCCGUCAAUACAGGACCUGUUGGCUUUGACAAUGGCCCUGAUUUGGGAAAACGACUGGAUGAGAGUUUGUGAUCCCAAUUGUGGUUAAUGGAACCGUAGAACAAAAUGUUCAACUUCAGGAAUAUGUCAUGUAAAGAGCUGAUGAAGGUGUUGGGGCUGGGAGCCGUAGCUUUCAUUCUGGGGGUGGAGUGGCUAAACUGGCUGAAGCGGCGUCUGAGAGACUCUCGCGGACCCCUGAAAGAAGUUCUGUUCUUCCCUUCACCUCAAGUCUGCGUUGAGCACCUCUUCAUACGCCAUAAACAUUUCCCCUGUGCAUGUCCGCUUCCCCAUGGGGUUGAGACAUCCUUCUCCAGGCUCCUCGUUCAUCUCCUCUCAUCUCGUGUGUCACUGGACCUGUGCAUGUUCUCCUUCUCUCACAUGGAGCUGAGCAGGGCGAUUCUCCUGCUGCACAAACGGGGAGUCGUUGUGCGAGUGGUUACAGACAGAGACUACAUGACCAUCACUGGAUCUCAGAUCGGUGCCCUCCGUAAGGCAGGCAUCUGUGUGAGGCAUGAGAUGAGCUCAGCUGUUCAUAUGCACCAUAAGUUUGCAUUGGUGGACAGCAGGAAAUUGAUCACUGGCUCCCUCAACUGGACCCUAACUGCAGUCCAGAGCAACAAAGAAAACGUCAUGGUCACAGAGGAGCCGGAACUCGUGGGGCCCUAUCAGCAGGAGUUCCAGAAGCUGUGGGAGGCCAACAAUCCAGCCAAUCACAAACCUCAAUGCACUAAUGGACAGCUAAAUAUAAAGACUUGUAAGGACAAAUAGGGCUUUACACUUGUUUUUUCCCUUGUGGUUUACAUUACAUAGUUCUGUAUGGAGUUCAUUUUAUUUGUCAAGAUUAUUUUAAUAAGAUGAAAGCUAAUUUUUUCUUUCUUUUGACUGUUUGUCUGACUCUUAAUGUCAAUUUUCCCAUUUUUUAUGCAAAAUGGGGACUUGAAAGGUUUAUUAUGUAGUUCAAUUUAACUUAGUUCAGUUAAUAUGACUUUUUUUUUAAGAUGUGUCCUAGUUUUAAGUAAAAACUAGUUCAAGUAAACCCACCUGCUAAAAUAAUAUCUCUUGAUUAUAAAAACCUAGCAAGCUGAAACCUGUGAGUGUGCAUUUCAUAGCCGUGCCUUGUAUUGCUCAAUUCCUCAUGGCACUCGCCUUUUGUGUUCCUCUUUUGUGACUAGAAGAUUUUAGAUAAGCUUGUUUCUGUAUGUGCACCUAAUGUUACAUUUUUUUAAAUAGAUACAUGAUAAAA